GCGCGGCGCACAAGAUAGUUGAGCAGCAAUCCAUGCAGUGUAAAAAAUGGAAUUGAUAAGUUUUUAUUACUAAAAUAGUACCGAUAAUAUAAUAGAAAUAAAUAAAUGUAUUUUUACAGUAAAACAAUCAGAAAGUUUUUAAAAAAGUGGCCGGGUGAAAAAUAUUUUGGAGUUUAUCGUUUUCUCCCAUUAUUUUUUUUUGCCGGUGCUGGAUUGGAGUAUGUUAUGAUAAACUGGCGAGUUGGAGAGGUUAACUUUUAUAAUACUUACAAACGAACACAAGUUCAAGAAAUAGCUGAUAGAAGAAUGUUAGAAGAUCAAUCAUUAAAAAAUCAAGACAAUUUAAAAAACUAAAGUUAGAUUUAAUUGUUAUUAUCAAUCAGAGUAUAUUGAUCAUGCCAGCAGGACUAAGUACAGGGGCUUACAUACGAUUUUGCAUUGUUGCAACUCUAACUGCAUUUGCAGGGUCACAAGUUGUUCACAUGCAGUACCGACCCUUGGAUGAUUUAGAA